AUGGUUUUUAACGAAGUAAUUGCUGGUUUCCACGUCCUAUUCAAUGUCAUUGGUCUUCCUGGCAAUCUACUUGUUAUGGUGACGAUCGCAUUUGAAAGAUUCUGCAUCAUGCGACAUGUUUUACUUGCGAGCCUUGCAUUGUCAGAUUUCCUAUGCUUGAUUCUCGUGAACUCUUUCUGCAUUUUUAGCACAGCACAACAGAAUUGGUUGUACGGAAAAACAUUUUGUCGCCUCCAUCCAAUCUUGGUGCGAUAUUUCUACGUCAACACGGCAUUUCAUCUGAUAGCUGUAUCGUACGAGCGAUACAACGCCAUAGUGAAGUCACCUUUGACCUACAGUGCCGCUAUGACUAGGUCCAGGGUUGUAGGGAUAGUUCUUAUUUGGUUACUGCCGACUGUAGUCUUCAUCUCUCCCGUUUUCGGUGUCUGGAGGUAUGUUCAAAACCCCAAACUGUUCCUGUGCGAGCAAGCGAUUUCUUCGGGAAGCAUCAUCAUUGCGAUUAUUCUGCUAAUCCUCGGGGUUGUUCCUUUCAUCAUAGUCGUCCUUCUGAAUAGGCAAGUUGUGAAGACGGCGAGAAACCUACAGCGAAAUUCCUUAGCCUUGCAAAUGGGCAGCAUCGAGGGCUCCGACCUAAAUCAGCAACAAGAGAUGCUCAGUAGGCACAGGGAGCUGAAAGCUGUUGUAGAUGUAGCCAUCGUCAUUGCCGUGUUUACGUUCUGCUUUCUUCCCGGCUGGGCUCUAAGUGUAAGCCGUUUGUAUUAUGAAAAUGUUCCGGUCGCAGCCAUUUUAACCACAAGGUGCAUAUUCGCUGCAAGCUCGGUUUGCAACCCUUUAAUCUACUCCAUUCGAAAAAGAGAAUUUCGAAGUGGGGUGAAGAUGGUGUUGAGGCGUAUU